AUGAAAUCACGUACAUUACCUUGCUCGGUGAGCUAUGGCAAUCGUGCCCCUAGAAUUACAGAUUCUCGUUCCUGGGCCUCUGGCUUUUACAAAAGAACAUUACGGGAGCGACAAAACAUACUGAUUCAGGCUUUUCCCGAAGUAUUUGGUCGAAAUUCUUUAGAGACAAAAAGCCUUGAUAUGAACAGUCUGUCAGUAUAUACGACUCCGGAUACGUCCUUUUGCCGCUCCCCUAUUGAACUGCUCGAAGAAAAGCUCACCAAACUGUCAACACCAGAUUUCCCUAUUCGUGGUUUGAGCGAAGAGAUAGCAGAUAACAUGGUUGAAAACUGUGUCGGGACGAUCGGUCUCCCAGUCGGGCUUGCAUUGAACUUUGUAAUAAACGACAAACCUAUUGUAAUUCCAAUGGCAAUAGAAGAACCUUCGGUAAUAGCUGCUGCUUCGGGAGCUGCAAAGACAAUCAAAAAGUUUACUGCAGUUGCUCCAGAGAAAAACAUGAUAACUUCUCAGAUCGCAGUAACAAAUAUCCCGGAAUCAAAAAUGGACGAUGCCAUCACUAAUAUCCAAACUCACAAACAUUCCAUAAUUUCGCUUGCAAACACGUUUGUUCCGAAUAUGAUCAAACGCGGCGGCGGCGUUAGAAAUAUUACCACCCGACGUAUUCGUCGCAAACGUAACCCACAUCCACGGCAUGUCGAAUUAUGUCAAGAGAAUUUCACCGAAUGGCUAAUCGUUCACGUACAAAUAGACGUAUGUGAUGCGAUGGGAGCGAAUUGCGCUAAUGCAGUUGCAGAGGGUAUAGCACCGAAAAUUGAAGAAAUUACUGGUGGAAAAGUCGGCCUAAGAAUCGUUAGCAAUUUCAGCACGGAAAGAAUUGUAAAGGCAUCUUUUCGUAUUCCAGUGUCGAGUCUAGGUUAUAAAACCCAUACUGGCAGAUCCGUAGCCCUCGGUAUAGUUCAAGCGUACGAAAUGGCACAGAUAGAUCCAUAUCGUGCAACAACACACAACAAAGGGAUUAUGAACGGUAUUGAUGCUGUUGCACUAGCCACAGGGCAAGACUGGCGAGCCAUUGAAGCGGGGGCUCAUGCUUGGGCUGCAUGUAGAAAUGAAAUUGAAAGAUACGAGCCUUUAACCACGUACUGGAUUGAAAAAGAGGAGAGAAUUGAAGAGAAUGGUCAAAUAGAUGAUGCAGGACUGUAUCUGUGUGGAGAGAUAAACGUACCUAUAUGCGUUGGCACUGCUGGCGGUGUCCUGGCGACCAAUCCCGUGUACAAGUAUAAUUUGGGAUUGAUGGGAAACCCUAAUUCGAGUGAGCUUGCUAUGGCAAUGGCAUGUGUGGGAUUAGCCCAAAAUUUUGCUGCCUUACGCGCUCUCACAACCGAAGGCAUUCAGCAGGGACAUAUGAAGCUGCAUGCCAAGAAUAUCGUCAUAGCUGCCGGUUGUCCAUCAUCUGCCAUCACUACUGUUACCGAUAAGAUGGUAGAUACUGGAAGGAUUUCCUUCGCGGCUGCAAAAGAUCUUAUUGAGACCACCGCAAAAAAGGGUAUGGAAGUAAUUAAGAAUGGAGAAAAAAAUUUCGGAGAGAUUACGGCGUCUUUGGAAUGUUCGCCGUCAGUUCUCGUGACGCUUUGGAGAACGGAAAUAAAUAAUAAAGUGUGA